UUAAUAGAAUCAGCCAGGACAGUUGAUAAUGUCAUGAUUAUCAAAUAAGAAAUUAAGUCGGUUUUUUUUGUUGUUUUGUUAUUUGUUUUCAGGAGGAAAUUCUGGAAGCCCAGCUAGGAAGUAUUUAAUAUUGAAUUUCCAGUCAUGAGUACAGACUAUAAAUCAACCCAGAGAUUUUUAAAAUUAUGCAAAGAACUGAUGGAUCAUUUCUGAGGGCUUAGAGAUUUCUAGCAAUGUUUCCUUUUGUGUAGAGCCAAACCCUAGUACCUGGCAAGCCACACCUAAAGGCGGACACUGCCGACCAGCCCAGGUCAGGGCAGGGCUGGAGAACCAAGGGCCUGUGCCUAGCCAAAGAGAGCUGACCGCGCCCUGCGCUGCUGCGGGGUGCGUUUCCACUCCAGCUCAGCACCCCAGGGAGGUCUCCACAGCGCGGGUGGCCAUGAACCCCGAGAGGCAAGGCCGUGAGCCCCACGGGGCGAGGACGCUGAUGCUCCAGGUGGCCAGGGGGCUGGGGGCCGAGCUGAGGGCCGCGGCCACCGGGCCCUGGAGGAGCCUGGCCAGGAUGCCGAAGCCCGAGGUGCCAGACCCGGAGGCAGCAGCUGCAGGACAUGAGUGCUUGCUUCCAAUUGAGAGGAGCUUUCAAAAUGCUGCUAAAAGCAAUAAUUUGGAUCUUAUGGAGAAGCUGUUUGACAAGAAGGUUAACAUUAAUGCUGUGAACAAUAUGAACCGCACAGCCCUGCACUUUGCAGUAGGAAGCAGUAAUUUAUCUGCAGUGGAUUUCUUACUGAGUCACAAAGCCAGGGUGGAUGUCCCUGACAAGCAUGGCUUGACAGUAAUUCACCUUGCAGCCUGGUCUGGAAGCUUGGAGAUCAUGCUCAUGCUCGUUAAAGCUGGAGCAGACCAGAGAGCCGAGAGCCAGGAAGGAAUGAAUGCUCUGCACUUCGCAGCUCAGAACAACAGCCUGCGCAUUGUGGAUUACCUCAUUCAAGACUUGCACCUGCAGGACAUGAACCAGCCCAAUGAGAGAGGAAGAAAACCAUUUCUUUUGGCAGCUGAGAGGGGCCAUGUUGAGAUGAUUGAAAAGCUUAUCUUCCUUAAUCUGCAUACUUCAGAAAAAGACAAGGAGGGAAACACCGCCCUGCAUCUGGCUGCCAUGCAUGGUCACAGCCCAGUGGUGCAGGUACUGUUAACUCAGUGGCCGGAAGUAAACAAGACCAAUGAGCUCAAUGUCAGCGCUUUGCAGAUGGCAACCCGGAAUGGCCAUACAUCCCUUGUCAACUUUCUUCUCUCUGAGAAUGCUGGUUUGCGGCAGGAGAAGGAACCCGCUGAGUCAGCGCUUCACUUAGCGGUCACCAACAACCACCCCCCAGUCGUGACCAGCUUGCUGAGUGCUCGGCAUGACGUUGAUGCCCUAGAUCAGAGGCAGCAGACCCCUCUGCAUGUAGCUGCUGAUCUUGGAAACGUGGAGCUGGUGGAGAUACUGCUGAAGGCUGGCUGCAACCUCAAAAUCACUGACAAGCAAGGAAAGACUGCCCUGGCACUGGCUGCCAGGAGCCACCACAGCCUCAUCGUGGACAUGCUCAUCAAAGCUGAGAGGUACUAUGCAUGGAGAAAGGAGAACUAUGAGAGCCUCCAGGACUCAGCAGGAAGUGCUACACUGACAUUCAAGCAGGACCACAGUCUGGAGACCAGGCAUAUCCGAAUGUGCCUUUGGGACCUGGCCUACCGGCAGCUGAAGGAUAAUGACUGGCAGAGGCUGGCCCGCUUAUGGAGCUUUACGGAGGACCAGAUCAGAGCCAUCGAGGAACAGUGGUCAGGUAAUGACAGCUUCCGUGAGCAUGGUUACAGGGCUCUGCUCAUCUGGCUGCACGGGGCUCUGAUGACACAGCCUGACCCUGCCAAGCAGCUGUAUGAGGAGCUGGUUCGAGCAGGAUUCCCAGGAGUAGCUGAAAAGAUUCGUCAGGUCAAAAGUAAAACUGACUCAAGCUCCAAGAAAUGUGCAGUCUCUUAAGCUGGAGAAACAGUUCAAAUAGCUUCCCUCUCCUCAUUCUGUUUGUUCACUUCAGUCCCUGAUUGCCACAGCCACCCUGCAGUAGACUGAUUUUCCAGUACAAAGACAAUGCCCCUCCAAGAAUGGAUGGGAACGCACCACCUUCCCACUGCUCCAGGCCACACAUUGGCUUUGCUGUUUUCUUGAGGCAAAUGGUGUGUGACUUUUCCAUUUCUGUCAUUUGACGCACACAUGGAACAGCAUAGCUGGAAGGGUUCUAUUCAUGCUUAAAGACAAACUUAUUGUAGGAGCAGCAUGGUGGCACAUGGGAAAACAAGGGCUAGGAGAGGCAGCUCUGACAUUGGAUGCUUGGCUGUUUGUUGUACCCGGAUAGUGAGACCCCAAAAGACCACCAGGAGUUGAAUCUGAUGCAAAACACAUGAGAAUUUAUUGGCUACAAGCUCAAGCUUGGAUCACAGCAACUUCUCUGUUAAAGCAGGAGGGGUAUGACCCAGAGCUCUAGGGGAACAAGGUUUUUAAAGGGCAAAACCACAAGCGGGGGCUACAAGUGUUGGGUAGGGGUUUACUUUAGGCGUCAAGACCAUAAAUUGGUUCUAGCCCAGCUGUUUGGAGAGUAUUUGAUCAUGAGUAAUGCCUGAAAUGUGCUGAUUAGCUGUUGCUAGGGAAGAUCAAUUAGCAUUCUCUGUGGUCACAAGCUAGAGGCCAUCUGGGUGGGUUGCCAGGAAAUGAUUAUCUCUUAAGUGUAACGAGGAAUAUGGUCAAGCCUGAUUAUUCCCUGCAGCUGGCCAGACAUGUCUUAAUUAACCCGGUCCUUUGUCUAAACUUUUACACAGGACUUCAGUCAUGCUGCCCUAAGAUUCUAACUUUAAACUCUGGACUUCUCGCUGUGAGAAGCAGGCAUGUAAUAUUACUGAUGUCCUCAUCUUUAGCUUCCUUUUCUGAUAGACAAAAUGUUUCCUCCAGAGACUGGGGUGAAGAUGAAGGGAAAACAUCUGUGAAUGUCUGACCUCAAGCCAUGGUAUGCAAGUCAUAAACUCUUAUUGUAAAGGAACUGCGUUUGGAAAUUCAGUCACUGCUGGCUUUAUACCAUACAAGCGUAAUCCAUUUUUUCAGGAAAAAACCAGACACAUACCAGUAAUUUUUAAACCAUUUGUAUUCUAAAAUUGGGUAAUUUUAAUUCUUCGUACUUUCCAGUACAUUCUAUUUUUGUUCACAACAAAUAAGCAUUACUUUUUUUAAUCUGAGAAAGUUAUGAAAGGUAUCAGUUUUCAUGGAUGUAUGCCUUCCUAGAGUCCAAUUCUGAUUCUCAGUCAAAGCUGGUAAGAAAAUCAUGGGCAAUUUAGUUAUUCUGUCAUGAAUUUGCAGUUUCAAGUUUUUCCUAUAUUGAUUGUAAAUGGCCCACUUAAUGCUAGGAAUGCUUAAAACAGGCAAUAUAUUCACAAGAUUACAGAAUUUAAAAUAGUAUUAAAUAAAAACUCCCUUCUCAGUC